CGCCUCCCUCCAGUCACCCCACCCUCAGCCGUCCCCGCCACCUUACUCCACCGCCCUCCCCCGCCGCUCCGCGCACUCCGCGUCGGGGCCUCCAGCUCCUCGCUCCCGCGAACCGCUCACUUGCCAGCCCUUCGCCCCCGGGAAGAAGAAACAUUUCCCCGAGCGCACUCCUCAGCCCUCCCCCUCGCCCUCCCCUCCCCCUGCUUUCUUUCCUGGGGGAGGGGGGCUGUCGCCUCGGAUUGAAGGCCAUUGAUUUGUAUGUAUUUGUCCCAGCCCCGGAGGCUGCCCCAGCCGCCCGCGCCCCAGCCGCCGCUGCCAGUGGAGUUGCCUCCCUGCUUCCCUAGGGUGGUUCGGCUCCACCAAACAUGUCGGCUCCACUCGGGCCCCGGGGCCGCCCGGCUCCCACCCCGGCGGCCUCUCAGCCUCCUCCGCAGCCCGAGAUGCCGGACCUCAGCCACCUCACGGAAGAGGAGAGGAAAAUCAUCCAGGCUGUCAUGGAUCGUCAGAAGAAAGAAGAGGAGAAGGAGCAGUCCGUGCUCAAGAUCAAAGAAGAGCACAAACCACAACCGACACAUCACAUUAUUUGCUUAUUUAAACAGGUGGUUUCCCUUUAGUGGGAUCACUGAACUGGUAAAUAACGUUCUUCAGCCCCAGCAAAAACAACACAAUGAAAAGGAGCCCCCGACAAAGCUGCAUCAACAAUUUGAAAUGUAUAAGGAGCAAGUCAAGAAAAUGGGAGAGGAAUCACAACAGCAGCAAGAGCAGAAGGGCGACGCCCCGACCUGCGGCAUCUGCCACAAGACAAAAUUUGCAGAUGGAUGCGGCCAUAACUGUUCAUAUUGCCAAACCAAGUUCUGUGCUCGUUGUGGAGGUCGAGUGUCAUUACGCUCAAACAAGGAGGACAAAGUGGUUAUGUGGGUGUGUAAUUUGUGCCGAAAACAACAAGAAAUCCUCACUAAGUCGGGCGCGUGGUUUUACAAUAGUGGGUCUAAUACACCGCAGCAGCCUGAUCAAAAGGCUCUUCGAGGGCUUCGCAGUGAGGAAGCCCCUCAGGAGAAGAAGGCAAAACUGCAUGAGCAGACGCAGUUCCAGGGACCCCCCGGUGACUCAUCAGUACCUGCAGUUGAGAGAGGUCGAGCUCAUGGGCUCACAAGACAGGAUUCUAUUAAGAAUGGCUCAGGAAUGAAGCACCAGAUCGCCAGUGACAUGCCUUCAGACAGAAAAAGAAGUCCGUCAGUGUCCAGGGAUCAAAAUCGAAGAUACGACCAAAGUGAAGAAAGAGAGGAAUAUUCACAGUAUGUUCCUUCAGAUAGCACAAUGCCUAGAUCUCCAUCAGAUUAUGCUGAUAGACGAUCUCAACGUGAACCUCAAUUUUAUGAAGAACCUGAUCAUUUAAAUUAUAGGGAUUCUAACAGGAGAGGCCAUAGACAUUCCAAAGAGUAUAUUGUAGACGACGAAGAUGUGGAGAGCAGAGAUGAAUAUGAAAGACAAAGGAGAGAGGAGGAGUACCAGGCACGCUACAGAAGUGAUCCAAAUUUGGCCCGGUAUCCGGUAAAGCCACAACCCUAUGAAGAGCAAAUGCGGAUCCACGCUGAAGUGUCCCGGGCACGACACGAGAGAAGGCACAGUGAUGUUUCUUUGGCAAAUGCUGAACUAGAAGAUUCCAGGAUUUCUCUGCUAAGGAUGGAUAGACCAUCAAGGCAAAGAUCUGUAUCUGAACGUAGAGCUGCAAUGGAAAACCAGCGAUCGUAUUCAAUGGAAAGAACUCGAGAAGCUCAGGGACAAAGUUCUUAUCCACAAAGGACCACAAAUCAUAGUCCUCCUACCCCUCGCAGGAGCCCUAUACCGCUCGAUAGACCAGAGCUGAGGCGUGCCGACUCCCUACGGAAACAACACCACUUAGAUCCCAGCUCUGCUGUAAGGAAAACGAAGCGAGAAAAAAUGGAAACAAUGUUGAGGAAUGAUUCUUUGAGUUCAGACCAGUCUGAGUCAGUGAGGCCGCCCCCACCAAGGCCUCAUAAAUCCAAGAAAGGAGGUAAAAUGCGCCAGGUUUCACUGAGCAGCUCAGAGGAGGAGUUGGCAUCCACGCCCGAGUAUACAAGCUGUGAUGACGUGGAGAUUGAAAGCGAGAGCGUGAGUGAGAAAGGGGACAGUCAAAAGGGAAAAAGAAAAACUAGUGAGCAGGCAGUUUGGUCGGACUCUAACACCAGGUCUGAGAGACAAAAGAAAGUGAUGUACUCUGGUGGCCACUCUUUGGACGAGGAUUUGGAAUGGUCUGAGCCUCAGACUAAGGACUCUGGGGUAGACACCUGUAGUAGCACAACUCUUAACGAGGAGCGUAGCCAUAGUGAUGAGCACCCUGUGACCUGGCAGCCAUCCAAAGAUGGAGAUCGCCUAAUUGGUCGUAUUUUAUUAAAUAAGCGUUUAAAAGAUGGGAGUGUACCUCGAGAUUCAGGAGCAAUGCUGGGCUUAAAGGUUGUAGGAGGAAAGAUGACUGAAUCAGGUCGACUUUGUGCAUUUAUUACCAAAGUGAAAAAAGGAAGUUUAGCUGAUACUGUAGGACAUCUUAGACCAGGUGAUGAAGUCUUGGAAUGGAAUGGAAGGCUAUUGCAAGGAGCCACAUUUGAGGAAGUUUACAACAUUAUUCUAGAAUCCAAGCCUGAACCACAAGUUGAGCUUGUUGUUUCAAGGCCGAUUGGAGAUAUGCCUAGAAUACCUGAUAGCACUCAUGCACAACUGGAAUCCAGUUCUAGCUCAUUUGAAUCUCAAAAAAUGGAUCGUCCGUCUAUAUCGGUUACCUCUCCCAUGAGUCCUGGCAUGCUGAGGGAUGUCCCACAGUUCUUAUCUGGACAGCUUUCAAGCCAAAGCCUUAGUAGAAGAACAACGCCUUUUGUUCCUAGGGUUCAGAUAAAACUAUGGUUUGACAAGGUUGGUCACCAGUUAAUAGUUACAAUUUUGGGAGCAAAGGAUCUCCCUUCCAGGGAAGAUGGGAGGCCAAGGAAUCCUUAUGUUAAAAUUUACUUCCUUCCAGACAGAAGUGAUAAAAACAAGAGAAGAACAAAAACAGUCAAGAAAACUUUGGAACCCAAAUGGAACCAGACUUUCAUUUAUUCUCCUGUUCACCGAAGAGAAUUCCGGGAACGAAUGCUCGAAAUCACCCUUUGGGAUCAAGCUCGAGUUCGAGAGGAAGAAAGUGAAUUCCUAGGAGAGAUUUUAAUUGAAUUGGAAACAGCUCUGUUAGAUGAUGAACCACACUGGUACAAACUUCAGACCCAUGAUGUCUCCUCAUUGCCACUCCCUCACCCUUCUCCAUAUAUGCCACGGAGACAGCUGCAUGGAGAGAGCCCAACACGCAGGUUGCAAAAUAAAGCCUUAUGCUCAUGCAGUUCAGGGUCGAAGAGAAUAAGUGACAGCGAAGUAUCCGACUAUGACUGCGAGGACGGCGUGGGAGUCGUGUCAGAUUACCGACACGAUGGCCGUGAUCUUCAAAGCUCCACAUUAUCAGUGCCAGAACAAGUCAUGUCAUCAAACCAUUGCUCACCAUCAGGCUCUCCUCAUCGAGUAGAUGUUAUAGGAAGGACUAGGUCAUGGUCGCCUAGUGUCCCUCCUCCUCAAAGUAGGAAUGUGGAACAGGGGCUUCGAGGGACACGUGCUACUGGCCAUUACAAUACAAUUAGCCGGAUGGACAGACACCGUGUCAUGGACGACCAUUACUCUUCAGAGAGAGACAGUCAUUUUCUCACUCUACCUCGCUCUCGACACAGGCAGACCAGUGAGCAUCACCACAGGGAUGGAAGGGAUUGUGAAGCAGCAGAUAGACAGCCAUAUCACAGAUCCAGAUCAACAGAACAACGGCCUCUCCUAGAGCGGACCACCACCCGCUCCAGAUCCUCUGAACGUGCUGAUACAAACCUCAUGAGGUCGAUGCCUUCAUUAAUGACUGGAAGAUCUGCCCCUCCUUCACCUGCCUUAUCGAGGUCUCACCCUCGCACUGGCUCUGUCCAGACCAGUCCGUCAAGUACUCCCGUAACAGGACGAAGGGGCCGGCAGCUUCCUCAGCUCCCACCAAAGGGAACACUGGAAAGAAUGAUCACAGAAGACAUGGACUCCACAAGGAAGAGAAACUCAGGUGCUAUGGAUAUAGAGGAGAGAAAUCGCCAAAUGAAACUUAACAAAUACAAACAGGUAGCCGGAUCAGAUCCCAGACUGGAACAAGAUUACCAUUCGAAGUAUCGCUCAGGAUGGGAUCCACAUAGAGGGGCAGAUACUGUUUCUACUAAAUCCUCGGACAGUGAUGUAAGUGAUGUAUCUGCGGUUUCAAGGACUAGUAGUGCUUCUCGUUUCAGCAGCACAAGCUACAUGUCCGUCCAAUCAGAACGGCCGAGAGGAAACAGGAAAAUCAGUUUCAGCCCCCUUGUGCAGGAAUGUGGAGCACAGGCACCAGUUCAACCCCCACUCAUUCCCUUGGGACCUGACAUCAAUGUCUUUACGUCCAAAAUGCAAAGCAGACAGAUGGGUGUGUCGGGGAAGAGCAUGGCCAAAAGCACCAGCAUCAGUGGAGACAUGUGCUCACUGGAGAAGAAUGAUGGCAGCCAGUCGGACACUGCAGUGGGCGCCCUGGGCACCAGUGGCAAGAAGCGGCGAUCUAGCAUUGGGGCCAAAAUGGUAGCUAUUGUUGGUCUCUCACGGAAAAGUCGCAGUGCCUCCCAACUCAGCCAAACCGAAGGAGGAGGUAAAAAGCUACGCAGCACUGUCCAGAGAAGCACGGAGACCGGGCUAGCAGUGGAGAUGAGGAACUGGAUGACAAGACAGGCCAGCCGGGAAUCCACGGAUGGCAGCAUGAACAGUUACAGCUCAGAAGGAAAUCUGAUCUUCCCUGGGGUCCGCCUGGCCUCUGACAGCCAGUUCAGCGAUUUCCUUGAUGGUCUGGGCCCUGCUCAGCUAGUGGGACGCCAGACCCUGGCGACUCCUGCAAUGGGUGACAUUCAGGUGGGGAUGAUGGAUAAGAAGGGACAGCUGGAGGUAGAGAUCAUCCGGGCUCGAGGCCUUGUAGUAAAACCAGGUUCCAAGACACUGCCAGCACCAUAUGUCAAGGUGUACCUGUUAGACAACGGAGUCUGCAUAGCCAAAAAGAAAACCAAGGUGGCGAGAAAGACGCUGGAGCCCUUGUAUCAGCAGCUGUUAUCUUUCGAAGAGAGCCCCCAGGGGAAGGUGUUACAGAUCAUUGUCUGGGGAGAUUAUGGCCGCAUGGAUCACAAAUCCUUUAUGGGAGUGGCCCAGAUACUCUUAGAUGAACUGGAACUAUCCAACAUGGUAAUUGGAUGGUUCAAACUCUUCCCUCCUUCCUCCCUAGUAGAUCCAACCUUGGCACCUCUGACAAGAAGAGCUUCCCAAUCGUCUCUGGAAAGUUCUACUGGACCUUCUUACUCUCGUUCAUAGCAACUAUAAAACUGUUGUCACAACAACCAGCGUUACAAAAACCAGAAGAAACCACCCAGGUGGGGACCCUGGUCCCACUGCAUGCUUGAUGUUGUGUCUCCGGAGCCCACGUCUAGGGAUAAAGAGCCAUCCUGUGCUCUCAGAGGAAGCCAUCCGUGCACAGUGUGCCCUAGCAAAGGCCCUCGGGUGAACGAGCAGAGCCUCGAGGAACUGUCAGGUUUGGAGUUCAAUGACACUGAGUGUUGGUCCAAUCUGAAGCCAUGGAGUAAUCUCAGAAUCAGUCAGCCCUUUUCAAUGGCACCUUUAUAUUUUUAUUGUUUCUCUUCAUUUAUCUGACCCCAAAGCCCUGUUAUGCCACAGAAAUGGAGCUCUACAGCCAUUAAGCCACAUUACAGGCCAAGGAGCAAAGACCUAGGAAGCAUCAGGUGAAAAGCAAGAGACCAAAGAAGUGGUCAGGAGCAGAGUCGGCCACCGUUCCUGGAGGGGCUCCAGCAGGGAGAGCGGUCGACUGGGCUGCUCUGGGAGGCAAUGUCAUUCACUAAUGCCAAGAUGUGUUGGACUCUGAAAAUCAAAAUUCUGUGACUGCACUGUACUGAAUGAAAUUAAAGAAACUCUUUUUGCAUGGACACAGAUUAGCUGAAUAUUUAAAUUCUUUUCUCGGGGCUGCAACUUGCAAAAAAAUAAAUAAAAAUCAGCCAUUUUCAACAAUUUAUAUUAUUUUUAAAAAUAAAUUUCACUAGUGCAUGGUUUUAAAAUGGGAGAGAAUGCAACAGGGUGAUACAAAGACACACCAAGUUUAUUCUUUAAUCAUAGUCUGUGUUUUGGCAGACAUUACAAAUGAAAAUACUUUCUAGCAGAUACAAUUCUCUUUAUGUGACAAUAAGUAUAAUAUAUUCAGUUUAUUUCCAUGUUAAAUAUACAGAUCUUACGAUGGUCAAUGUGUGCACAGUUUUCACAUCUUUCUUCCUCCUGUCUGUCUCACUUUUCUUCUCCCACUUUUAAUCUCUCCUUUCCUUUCUCCCUCCUCAGUAAAUCACACCCAACACUGCAAGUCUUUGACCUGACCCUCUUCUAGCCCAGGUUUGACUCAGAGCCAUGGAUGCCUCUGAAUUUAUACAUUUCUCAAAUCUGUUGGAGAGCUUUCUUUAUUUCAAGCAUGUUGAAAGGAUUUUGCAACAUGACUUGGGACAUAAAGCAAGUCAGCACGCAUUGACAAGGAAGAUACCUGAACAUUUGCAGUUUAUUGUACAGUGCAUGGUAAUUUUUUUCACCUUAAAGAUUCAGUUUACAAAAAAAUCCUGAAACCAUGUGGCAUUGUAAUGUCUAACAAAUUUGUUUUAGCACCAGCAUUAUUCAUAUGGGGGUUAAGUAUGAUUUGUAGGUCUUAGGUUUUGUUUGUUUUUUAAUUCGUUAAAGCAGUUUCUUUAGCUGAUUUCCAUUUACUAUGUGAAUAGAAACACUGCUCAACAUGUGGAGCCCUGAAAACAGGGAUGUUUAUUAAUUCAUUUUUCUGUAGUAAAAUUCAAUUUUUCACAAAUUAUAUUUCUAAAGAAAUAUAGUAAACAUAAAUUUGCAACAAUUUUAAAGCUCCAAUUUUUAGGUGACUCGAGGAAAAGUCAAGAGUUAUUUGAUGCCAUCACCAAAAGUCUACAUCCCUAUGUCAAGCCCACCUUUGCUUUACAGGCAGCUCUUACCGCUGGGUAGCACUGCAACGUCCAAUUUCUCUCCAGGUCCCCGAUCAACAGGAAAUGUCACUGGUCGAUGUAAUAAGCCACCCAUCCUUUCUAUUUCUUACACAUGCUUUGAGAUUGGUUUUAACAUCUUAUAGUAAUUUUUGAAAUCCAUCUACAUCCCAUUUGUUUAAAUGGAGGCCAUGCACACACACACACACACACAAACAUUUUCUUUGUUUCUCUUUUUUGAUUCAAUGCUGACCAUUGAAAACUGUCAUGCUUGAUAUGGUGCAAAAGUUAAAACGAGCUCUCACUCAAAAUGCCUUCUCCUAAUGUGGUGCAACAUGAACUACACCAAGACCAUGUCUUGAUUUCCUGAGCCCUAAGAUGGGUCCAGCCGAGGGAGUGAAAAAAGGAACAAUUUUAUUGGAAUAAUUUAGACACCUGUGUACCAGCAGCAAUUUGGUUUAAUAGACCUGUCGUGUCUAUGCUCGCCCUUAGAGUAGACGUUUGCCAUUUUCCUGACACUAAGACGCAGCCACAUAAUCCUUUCUGCAUAUUCCCAUACACACAAUUCCUCAUUUUAGUAAGAAGGACAUGACCGUGGAAUAUUUGUACAUACUUGUCAUGCAGUAUUUAUUUAAAAGUUGGUGUACUUUUUUUUUUAAAUUUUCACAUGUCUGCACCUCAACUUGUGGUUAAACCAUGUAAAUAGCACUACGCCAGUGACCGUUGCUGCCCUGUACAUGGAAUGUUUUCAAGUAAAGGGAAUUCCAGUUGGGGAAAAAUGGGGGGAGGGCAGAUUAGUCCUGUAACAAACACCAACUGAUGUAAAUCCAAUUCAUUCUGGUGAUGGUAUUUAACACUUUAAAUAAAACAUUUUCUUUACA